CCAACAAGCGCUAUAGGUCUGAGGAUCUGUUUCACUGCUGCUGAGCCAUGACUAUUAUAGCUGGAAGGGGGCUGAGCCUUGUGCUGGAUAUAAAUGCUUUCAAACUGAGCGAAGAACAGUACAACGUGGAUGUGAGUAAUACCUUUCGUGAAGAGACGGAUGGUCUGGUCCGAUGAUCUAAACCCCACUAUAACAGGGAGCGGAGGGGCGCAUCUUAAGUCAGUCACAAAAGGACUUUCUCAUGUGACUCCAGUGGUUGUCUAUGUACUUUUAGUAAGCUGCUGCGCCUGGGAAUCUCUGAAGGCUCUUUUCGCAGAGCUGUUGAGACUGGCUGAAACGGCGCAGUCAUGCUGGCCCUGUUCUGUUUAAUGGACUAAGGACCUCCACAGAUGUUACCAAAAUGUGUCGGAGAGGAAGAGAAGCAUGGUUGCUUCAACCUGUACAUAAUUUUAUUUGAGGAAUCAUCUGUUUCACAUCUUGGGACUCAAAUAAAAAGAAAGGUGAUGACCUUGAUGGUGCCAUGUGAAUGACCUUAGACCAUGAAGCCCACACACAAGCUGCUGUUUGUCCUGUGUGCCUUGCUGGUGCUGGGCUUUAUUUACUACUCUUCUUGGAAGCUACAUCUAUACGUAUGGGGACAGAAGCCUCUAUUAGCAGAGAGUCAGGGAGGAUUCGGACCAGAGGCCAGGAUCAGGACAAGAAGCGUCUACCCAGUAAUAACAAAGAGUCAGGGAGGAAUCAGAUCAAAGGCCAGGAUCAGAACAAAGAGGGGCUACCCAGAGAAAGAUGCAGAGGAGACGUCUGUAGCACUGACUAAAGGUGCUGAAGUGAAAAGAAUUGCAGAGCUGGAAAAUGACAUCAACGUUGGACGAAUAGUAAGCUCAGGGUACGAUAAGCAGGGCUUUCUGCUGCAGCUGGAAACGAAACUGCCACCGGAGUUGGCAUACAAGUAUGGCAACCUCAGCGAAGGGGUCUGUAAACCAGGAUAUGCAGCAGCCAAAAUGACAUCCAUCUACCCUAAGUUUGUGAAGCUAGCACCCAUGUUCCUCGACCGGAACUUCAAACAACACACAAAAAUCAAAAACUACCUGCCUCCAUUUGGCAUCAAAACUCAAGAGAGAAUAAUCGACAACAUUUUAAGUGAAACAAAAAGUUUUGGACUCGGGGAGGACCUCGACAGUCUCAGCUGUAAAAGAUGCAUCAUAGUGGGAAACGGGGGGAUCCUGUACAAUAAGUCUUUGGGCUCCCGUAUAGAUGAAUAUGAUGUUGUUGUGAGGUUAAACGGUGCCCCAAUAGCUGGUUACAAAAGAGAUGUAGGGACCAAAACCACAUUGAGGAUUACCUACCCAGAGGGAGCAAUCCAGAAAUCUGAACACUAUGAAGGCGACUCACUCUUCGUCUUUUCUGCUUUCAAACCAAUUGAUUUUAAGUGGCUGAAAAACAUGGUCUUCAAGGAAAAACUGCUAGUAGAACACACUGGAAGACAGAUGUCUAGAAGUGACAGGGGAAAAAUAUGGCUGUGGGGAAAAAAAUGGAUGCAGGGAGAAAGUUUCCAGAAUACAAAGAUAGUGAUGAAGAUGAAAAAAGGGAUAAAGUACAAGAUUGUCAAGAAAAAGAGUCGUAUGGAGGGCUUCUGGAAGUCUGUAGCGCAGCAUGUGCCUCGGAAGCCAGCUGAAAUGAGGAUCCUCAACCCAUACUUCAUCCAGGAGGCUGCAUUCCAGUUCAUAGGCCUGCCAUUUAACAAUGGUUUAAUGGGCAAAGGGAACAUUCCAACUUUGGGAACAGUUGCUAUAACCAUGGCACUUCAUAACUGUGACGAGGUGGCGGUGGCUGGCUUUGGCUACGACAUGACCUCUCCUCAAGCACCUCUGCACUAUUAUGAGAGCGUCAAGAUGUCUGCCAUUAAAGAGUCUUGGACACACAACAUAUCCAAGGAGAAGGAGUUUCUCCGCAAGCUGGUAAAGGCCAACGUUAUCACAGAUCUCACCAAAGGUAUCUGAGUUUACACCCAACUCCAGCCGCCUUCCGUCAUUUCUGUCGGAACAACGAACUGAAAGCUGGAUUGACUCAUGGAGCAGAGAACCGACCGCCCGCCCCUGCCCCAUUAAGCCAGGCCUGGUCACUGCCGGGUUAGAAGGAGAUAACUAUCAAAGAAGUUUCUAAGAGUUUUGCUGAAAGAUGCACUCAUGUGCCUUCAGAACCAAAGACCCCUGCUCAUCAAAGCGGGGGCAGAACAGGCUGCAGGAUGAUUUGAUCUGCCUGGCACCUGUUGAAGUAUUGCUGUGCUGGGCCCAUCACUAUAAAGUAUCACACACCUGAAGCGGAAUGGUAACAGUGAGAGGACAGCUGAAGGAAUGAAGUGAAACUGAACGUGUGGGGGAUGGGUCGAGUAUUAGCAGUGCCAAAUGUACCUCGGAAAGGGGAGAAGACCCCCCCUCUCCCGUUUUGUCUGAAUGUAUUCUCUGUAAAUAUCAAAGAUUUAUACUGUGCUUUUUACCAAGCUGCAGUAGCUCCAUAAUCACAUCCGCCUCCUUCCAUUCAUUCACUUAUGAAAUCAUUCACUCAUCAUCUAUUCAUCCUUUUCUGUAUUCAAGUGUAACUCCUUCCAAGCCCACUGGCAUCACACCACCUGCUGCAUAAAGCAGCAAAAUCAUAAGAAUGGAUCUCCACGAAAGGCAUAGUAAGAGGUAUGAACUAGGGGUUGCACAACUUCAUAUUUGUUAAAGCUGAUGUCGGUACGAUAAAACUUGAGUUGACAUCGACUGAUCACUGUGACAUCAUAGAAACACAAGAGAAAAUGCUUCACAUUAGCUUACAGACAACAUAUCCAAGGAGAAGGAGUUCCUCCACAGGAAUGUUUGUCAAUAUGCACAGGAGAUAUUGACAAAAGACCACUUAGACAGAAACGGCACAUAAAGGAUGUACCAACAUGCACCCGACAUCCAUGUUCAGACAUCAUAAGUUAAAUCUAUUAUAAACGAAUCAGAGUUUCUAAUGAAUUUACAGUUGAAAUUAUUGCACUCACCUGCUGCUUCUGCCCCCCAAUGUGCAGCAGGAUCUUCCAGUGACUCAGGGCAGCAGCUCUCUGACUUUUGCACGAUGAACCAGCAUGUAGACAACAGCAGGGAUAGACCGUCAGAUCCUCAGAAUGCAGCUUGAGCCACAUCUCCAGAUGUUGUCGCACUAUUUUUCUAAGCGUGAAACCAUUUUUUUUUUUAAAGAAAAAACAAAAGAGGCAGAAGACAUGUGGCAAGGAACAGAGGCUGCUGUCUGUGGCCUCUGCAUACGGGGUGUCUGCUCUAAUCACAGCACCAUGCGACGGCCCUAUUCCGGUACCUCUGUGGUAAAUGAGUUUGGAUUGUAUUUUUAUACAAUUCAAACUAUCUGACAAAUUCACAUAGUUCCUCAUUUUUCUUCUUCUUGAAAGGGUCAGUUUUGUCACGUGAUUGGGAUUAGUCAACUAGCCACAUAAAGGAACACGGCAGAAUAAGGAAUCAACUAGUUGGUGCAACCCCUAGUUUUGACCCUUUGCAGCUAUGUCACCUCAUCAUGUUGAAGUGCCAUGAUGGAUAUAGAAAGUGAGAGACGGGAGCAUUGAACAGAGUUAUGAUUGUUUUCCCAAGUUUUUUUUUGCCAGCAUAACAAAAAAAAUUGUGCUUCUUAUUUUUCUAGUCAGGCUUAUCACAAUAAAUUUGGAUUUCCUUCUUGUCCGUUUGUUAUGCUUGUGUGCAGCAGUCUGAUCAUUUUUAAAGUGAAACCAGCAACAUGUAAGUGAUAUUAGGUUACCAACUAUGUUUUUUCACAAACUUUACAGGAGUUACCAUGUGGGUAGGUUGUUGUCAUGUGUCAUGGCGAAGUGUUACGCUUUCUGAAGAGCGUGUCAUCACAUGCAAAGGGUCUGUGAUUCAAAGACAGAAGUUUGGAAACUGAAGUAAAUUCAUAUCAUGCUUAUCAUCUCUGAAUUGUACCAGAAACCUGAACAUUUCUCACUCUCGAUGACAAGUCUGUUCUCAUUGGGAGACCCUUCCUGUUGCAGAUUCAUUAUUUUUAAGAGUUCUUUGUCACUCCUCCAGAGCAUUUAGCCUAUAUAUAUCAUAUCUACUUUUAGCCACUUAUCUGAAAGGUUAGACGCCAUCAGCAUCCAAUUCUGAAGAGUUAUGGCUAAACACUAAGGUAGGUCUUUGUUUAAUGAAGAAACUGUAACAAUAUCUAUUAUGAUUUGAUUCAUAUCUUUAUUACUGCAUCAGCUCUAAGCGUUCCCAACCAGAUCAGUAAGGGGCUCCACUCUGCUCACCGAUAAGACGCAUGUUUCGACUCCCCUACUGCUACAAGUUUUGUGUUCUUUAGUAAACGGUAAAAUUUUGGUUUGUAUAAAAUAAUUAUAUAUAUUUUUUUUGUCGUUGUGUUGAUUUUGCCUGCGACAGACUGGCAACUUGUCCAGGGUGAACCCCGCCUCUCGCCCAGAACGUUAGCUGGAGAUAGGCACCAGCCCCCCUCCUGACCCCACUGGGGACAAGGGUGUUAGAAAAUGGAUGUAUGGAUGGAUGGAUGGAUGGAUUGAUUUUGAUUAUUUAUUUUGUUACUAAAUCCCCUUUCUGUGGUCACAGGUUGACCUGCUUCCUGUUACAAGCAAAUACGAGCAGCUUUGAGUUUGGGGAAUCUCGAUUCCUGACUGUGCUUCCUGAAGACACUUUUGGUCUGUUGGAGACGCAGCAUUAUGAUGGAACCCAUGUCCGUUCCAGGUGUUCCGCUGCAGUAGAGAGAAAAAUUGAAGGAGUCUGAGGUUGAUGAAGCUCCAGUUGACUCAGUGCUGAUCUGAUCUGUGCAUUCUGGCAGGUUCUGCGUCACCUCAGUAUUUUAUAAGAAACUGUCAGGUUGUCGCAGUCAAAACAUUUUUUGCUUCCACUUAACGUCUACAAUUGUUUGUUUGAAUGCUUUAAUCAGCUUACACGGCAUGUCAGGGCUGCUUUUAUAAAGCAAUCUGUCUGUUUUCAGGUUUCAGCUGGUAUUUGGUACAUUGUUUACAUCACUUCAGAUUGUCUCCUCUCAAUCACUAAGCUCUUGCUAUUUUGUUCAGUUUCAUGCGUCAGUGUGUACUCUGUGGCGUUCGGCGGAGGUCCUGGAUUGGACUGUGUUUAGAACAAAGGUGCAGCCAUAGGUGACCUUUGAACUGUCACAGUGCCAUCAUCAGGGACCGCAGUUGACUCAGUAUGUCAGGCUUGAAUGGGGCGGAGCGCUUAACAUAUCUGCAGUGGGUCUGUUGUUGAACUGGUGGCGUCUUUAGCUCGUAUGUUACAAAUUGAAGCUCUGCAAACGGGGUUUCUGUUUUGUGCCUUUUUAUAGAUGGAAACGGGAGCAGGAGGAAUGAGAACAGAGGUCAGAGCGCAGUCUCCUCAGGCUCUUGGGUAUUGGCUCUAAUUGGACUAGGAUCAGUCCGACAUGUUCCUUAAAACCAACCAAACAUCCAUCACCGUCUGCAAAGCUCUGACCUCUUUAGAGUUAGCUUUUCCCAAUAUCAAAUUAUGGAGGAGUUUAUAUGGAUUGAAUCUGAAUCACCCCUCAACUGUACCCCAACUACUCAUGGAUUGUCUCUGAGGUGGAAUGUAUUUGCUUGAUUUUUUUUUCUUUUUCUGAUCAUUAUAUUUAUAAAUCCUUAUUUUUCAACAUUGCAGCAUAAGUGGAAAGUGAUGAAUCAAGUAUUUCUCUUUUUGUACAGUUAUACAGUUCUGUAUAACAGCUUUAAACAAUUCAAUAAAAAAGUUCAAACACA